UCCACCCUUUCACUUCUAUAAAAACGCAACAGAAAACCCAACUUUCUUCCUAUCACCAUUUUCUCUUAAUUUCUCAUUUUCCGAAAAAACCAUGGCAUCUCUUUAUUCUGCCUUCUCUUCCUCAAAUCCCCUUUCAGCACCUACAGUAAGCCAAGAACACUUCAACGCUUUUCACAACAUAGACCGUCUCCUUUACACAAGGCUUCUUUUUAGUCUUGAUCGUGACCCUGCACAAUCCAUGCAAGUUAUGGCCUUGUUUCUAUGGCUAGAAAGGUCGGGCCAUGUAAAUGAUUUCGUAAGCAAGAUGUUAUUACUGCCUGAUACCCUUAUCAAUUCAAUAGCUGACGAGGCUGUUAUUUGCUUGAAUUGUAUUGAAAGUGACCAGUUUCAUUUCUAUCCAGAUAAUUCUAGUACUCAUGAUAAUAUUCCGUUGAUCCAUUGUGUUUCCAAAACUGGUAUUUCUCUUCAGUUUUUUCAUGAAAAUAGACUAACUAUUCUUCGUGCUGUUUCUAAGAUUGUUGCUGAAGUUUGUUUAAGAGCUUUUGAAGAUAUUGUGAAACAAGCAGAGAAGUUCAAGAGUGCUGCUAUUGUUGCACAUGAAGGAAGGAAUAGACAAGAAACGACCAAACCCGUUUACUUUUAUGGUCCAAUGAUUAAUCCUGCUGUGUUGCCUGUGCUAUAUGAUUAUCAACCGGGGAGUUCUCAAUUCAUGAGUGGAGGUCAUCAAUUUGGGGGUUCUCAAUUCAUGAGUGGAGGUCAUCAAUUUGGGAGUUCUCAAUUCAUGAGUGGAGGAGGGUAUUCAGGUAAUCUUUUGCAUGGUUCUGAUCCUUAUGAUCUUUCUGUUCAGAGACAGGUCUUGAACAAUCAGACUGGAGAUAUGUUUAGCCAUUUACAAAUUUGUCCAACCGAGGAAGAGAAGGAUAAUAUCAAUAUGGCUGUGGAUGAUAGGACCAUUUUCUUGACAUUCUCUAAAGGGUACCCUAUUUCUGAGAGUGAAGUCAAAGAAUUCUUCACAAGAAAAUAUGGGGAUUGUAUUGAAACAAUUUAUAUGCAAGAAGUGUUGGUCGGAGACCAUCAGCCACUGUAUGCACGCCUUAUUGUUCGCUCCCCUACUCUUAUAGAAGUUGUUCUUGAGGGCAAGAGCAAGGCAAAGUUCUCCAUUAAUGGCAAGCAUGUUUGGGCUCGAAAAUAUAUCAGGAAAAACCCUAGGUUUCUGUCUCCAUUGUCACCACCACAGUCAGCAUCACCAUCACAGCCAACUUCGCCUGCAGGGGGAAGCAUCGUGAUAAACUAAAGUUAAUUAUUUUGGAGUAAUAAUUUAGUGAAGUCUUAGUGUCAUUUAAAUUAAGGUACUUUAUGUUUUGUUUAAUGAUUAUUAGAGUCUGGUUUGUUGGAUUAAUUUAAGGUACUUUAUGUUUUGUUUUAAUGGUUAUUAGAGUCUGGUUUGUUGGAUUAAAUAUUGAGUCAUCAUAUUAUAUAAAGUAGCAAAAUCUAUGUUGUUGGUA